AUGGUGAGCUAUGGAAGUCAUAGUAGUGAGGUUUCGAAAGUUCUUAAAACGCCGAAGUUUGUGCUUAGGUAUGGAAAUGUAUCCAGCAAACAACGUUUUGCCCUAAAGCGGAAGAUAAAUUACAAACUACGUGAAAGCAAAUAUCAAGAAUACUUGAAUGAAUACAACACCUUCGUGCUUUACGACUGGGAAAACAGUGGCGCUGGUAGUCUUGUCGAUUCUUCCUACAAUCUCCCCUCUUUAUGGAAGGAAUUCAUAACAGAGGGCAUAUCUAAAGGAGCAAUAAACGACAAACUACCGACAGUCUUUAUGAAGAGGAAGUUGACAAACUCAGCGUUGGGUCACUGUUUGGGACUUGAUUUCCUGACUGAUCCGAGCGAGUCAGAACAUGAAUACAGGUGCAUGUUUCAGACAGUUCAGGACAUCCCAUCUCUCUCGCAACUGAUCUUAUUCAACAGCAUGCCAAACGUUCCAGUAAGAUUGAAAUUGCAUACCAUUGGUAUAAAUAUAAAUUUCGGCUGCAAACGUUCCCUGAUAAGCAACGGUGGUGAUCAAGACACUGAAAUGAGCGAAGCAGUCUCUUAUAUCCAGCCUUUAUUGGAAGAAUCCUCGAGAAUGUACCGCAAUUUAAACUACUGGAAGCUGUUAAAAAUAGCACGAAAUAACAAGAAGGAUGAACCGUUGGAUCAGAGCACGCGUAUCAAGUCGCAAGUUAAGCUUUUACUGAGUCAAUUGGCGACGAACCGAAUUACCUCACCUUCCGUCACGGAUCAUGGGGGUCACAACUGGCUCAUAUUCACCAGAAGACGGUUGUAA